AUGGCUAAUACACAACGAUCCACACCUACUGAGAAUCUAUACGUCAAUUCUUCGCGGUUCACUAAUAUAUCUGCCAAUAAUCCAGCACCCACGAAUGUGCAACCCGUUCACCAACCAAGCGGUCGUAUUCAACAACAAGCCGAAGUAGCAGAAACAGACAAUCGUCCCAUAGCGCCUAAUUUUCUUCCACCAACAAUUGCUGUCAUAUUCGGAUCAUCGUAUUUUCUUGUUAUGUCAUGUAUAUUAUUGAUCGUACCAAUUCUACAAGUAGCCAUAGGUGCGUCUUUCAUAAAUCAAUGUCAACUUGAACCAUUUAUUCCCAUUUAUCUAAUUGUGUCUGGCUCAUGUGGAACUGUCACUAUUGCUCUUCUAAUUGUUAUGAUAAAGAUUCGUAGACUAAUUCAUGAACAUUCUAGAUUGACUGAUGAUACUGAUUAUCAGACAUUUGGGUGCGUGACACUUGGGCGCCGACAUUUGGACGCAUGUACUACAAAAGCAUUCAGUAAGAGUGCAUUUGUUAAACUAUUGUUGCGCCCAAAUGUCGGACUAUUUCGUUGUUUGAUAAAAUGUAUCACAUUUGAUUUAUCAAACAUUCAAUGGAUAUUCAUAGUUAGUGUCAUCUCUGUUUUAUGCACGAACUCAUUUGCCAAACCACUUGAUUCAACGCCCGAUCAACAACAUGAAAUUGAACAACAAACACAUCUAGAAAGUUAUUAUCCACUUUUAUAUUCUGAUUUUAAUUCCAAAUCUAGUUUAUUUGAACGUGCAACACCACGAUUGGGUCGAGCUGCACCACGUUUAGGUCGUGCUACACCACGUCUUGGUCGUGCUGCUCCACGUCUUGGACGUCGAUUUAAUCAUGCAGGUAGAUACUAUGAUAAUGUGGUUGAUGAUACCGGUGAUUAUCUGAUUGACGUAGGUGAUUCAUGGAUACAUGAGAGACGAGCACUGCCAAGACUAGGACGAAGUAUAAUCUAUUUCGAUGACGAAGAACAUCAUACAAAUACAAAAUAA